GCGACAUUCCAUAUCUGUUCUACAUCCACCGUUAUUAAAAGACCUAUUCAUUUUUAAUCAAACCCUAGAAAUAUUAAAAGCUUGAAGCAAAGAACUAAUCUGCCGCCAGAAGUGGUCUACGACUCCGCGGUCGUCUUCUCCAGCAGAGUAACUUGCGCAACUUCAUAACCUCCAGUCAUGAUAAGUCGGAUCUUGGAAAAGACAUACGUCUUGAGCAGAGAGGCAAUUCAAACAAUGGACAUUUUCGGACGAAGUUGAGAAUGAGGAGACUAGAUCUACUACUGUUCCCGCCGAUCAACCAGCCUGCCCACGUUGCUACUCUUCCCCCCGACCAGCCAGCCUACUCGUGUUGCUACUAUUCCCGCUGAUCAACCAUCCCGCCACGUCACUAGCCACCGAUUUUCCACUGCCUACCGCCGAUGUCUAAGGCACGUCUUCUUUCUUUCAGGCUAUCAGGAGAAAAUUAAGAAGAAAACAAUGAAACUAGCUUUUCCCAAGCAAGACAUCCUUGACAAUGAAAAAGAACCAGACCUGCAAGUGUGGUUUAUAUGAUUGCUCGGAAGAAUAUGAUGAAGUAAGCUUGUUAAGGGCCAAGCUCGAAGAGAAGGAAAAAGAACUUGCAAAUGUCUACAGAGAAAACGAGAUCCUGAAGCAACGAAUGAACGGAAAGGCUAUGGAGGCAACAUCGGCCAAGGUAAAGCCGUAAAAGAAUAAAAACUACUCUCCAUUUGAAGCAGGAUCAAGAAAAGCUGGCAUCAAAAUGUUCGGCGAUCUCUGGAGAAAGAAGAGUCAGAAAUAGUAAGGGUACCUGAUGGUUUUAAUCCCUAGAGAUUAAUAGCAUUUAGGCACAUGAGAGAAGAUAUUGAAUCGGUAUUCUACGUUCAAAAUCAAUCAUUCAAGCUACAUGAUGAUGUUGUGACUUGUGAGCAUCGUUUUCAGGGAAAAUACGGAGACGUUAUAGUAAUGGGAUGUAUUGUAUCUUGUUGGUCCAAAAUAGGACGCUCGUAGACUUUUAGGAAAGCUACGUACGACACUCAAGCAGGAAUUAGGAGAGUACGAAUAUGGAAAGUUAGCCAGAAAUAGCAUAUCUGUAUUUGAAAUUCGAAUUGCCUUUUAUAGGCGAUUACAAAUGGUAACUGCCGAACAUAAUAAUGACUAAAUUAAUUACAACAUUAAUACAGAAUUAAACACAUAAUUAAGUCGCGCAUUAAUUGUUGGUCGUUACUCUUCUUGGCUGGCAGGUCAGCCUGGCUGGCAGGCUGGACGCUUGAGCUCCCUCCUGCUGGACUGGAUGGUGGGCUUCCCGCUAGGCUGGAGGAAGGCUUCUGACCGGGUUGGAGGCAGGCUCCCGGGUAGGCUGGAAGGCAGGCUCCCGGGUAGGCUAGACCGAAGGCUUCCAGUUGGGCUGGACCGCAGGCUCCCAGCUGGGCUGGUGGUCGGCAGGCCCCUGACUAGGCUGGAAGGUAGGCUCCCCACUGGGCUGGAAGGCAGGCUCCCGGGUAGGCUGGAUCGUAGGCUCCCAGUUGGGCUGGACCGCAGGCUCCCAGCUGGGCUGGUGGUCGGCAGGCUCCUGGCUAGGCUGGAAGGCGGGCUCCCCACUGGGCUGGAAGGCAGGCUCCCCACUGGGCUGGUCGACAGGCUCUCUUGGGCUUCCGCUCCUUGAUUGUCCUGGUUGGUUGGGCUGACUCGAGCUCUGGGUUGGUGGGCUUGGGCCCGCUGGUCCAAGUUCGGGGCCUGGGCCGAUUAGGCUCUGGGCCUAGUCCCAUAACCCCAUCACGAGUCCCCCACUCCCUUAGUCGAGUAGUAGACUCGGCUAAGAGGGAGUAGUUUAAGUCAGCUGCCGAUUUAAAAAUAUUCACAUAUCAGGGAGCCAUAAUUGUGGAUUAUGGGAAUCCCAGAAUUUAUGGAAAUUCCCAAAUUAAAUCAGGCUCCCAAAAAAGGCUCCAAAUAAAUUCCUUCCUUUUCUUUUCUUUCCUUUUCUUUUCUUUCCUUUUUUUUUCUUUCUUUUCUUUUCUUCUUUUCUUUUUUUUUUCUUUCCUUUUCUUUUCUUUCCUUUCUUUUUUCUUUCCUUUCCUUUUUCUUUCCUUUCUUCUCUUUCCUCUCUCUCCUGCGUCCGUCUUCCUCGCGUCCGUCUUCCUCGCGUCGCGCAGUGCCGCCGUCCCAAGCUGGUGUGGUUGACCGCCGCCCCGUAGCUUCCCCGUGUCGCCCCCGCCGUGCCAGGCGGACGUCCAGUGUUGGCCGCCGGUUGCCGACGUCGCCCGCCAGUCCGGCGAAUCUGGUCGGCCGGCCGGUCGGCCCGGACCUUGGUCGGCGCAAUUUACAGGUAUUGGCGGCCGCCCCUACCGGCCGUCGUCGCCCAGGUGGUUGGCGGUCAGGCGGCCAGGCGCCCCUCGGCUGGAUGAUGUCCCUCUCUCAGGCGGCCAGGCUGUUUUGCCGCCGCGUGGCUCCUCCGCCGGCUAUUCUUGGAACUCAAAUUCGAAGGCCGCCAACUACGGGGCCACGGCCACGACGGACAGAUCCCCGGGCAGCCAAGGCUCCCAGGCCACGACAGACAGAUCCCCAGGCAGAAAGACGCCUCCAGGCUGGUGUUCUUCGCCCCUCGCGUUGUCCGGCGAGUUUUCUCUCCGAUGCGUGGCAGGCCAAUAUCAAACCCAGUUGGUUGGCACCCCGGUCGGCAGUGCGGCUUCCAAGGUGGUGGAUGUAGCUUCCAGCCCAGCAGCCACCCGGUGGUGGCGGGUCCAAGGUCAGAGUCCUGGACCGGAUGCCCCGGCUGGAGUCUCUACCCCCGGGGUUCCGCGAUGUCCGACGAACCGCCGUUGCAUGUUUCUUUUGUCUUUAAUUUCCAUGCGUACCUAGACUCGGCAUCGAUCCCCUGGUUGUGAUGGAGUAGAAGGCUGGAGUUGGGGUAAGCCCCCAGCUUUCCCCAUGAGUUUGAAGGCAGUUUGUUGCAGGCCGUUGUAUGGUGCCUCACGUGAGCAGUUCUUCCGGUGCUCGGCUCCACCUUGGCCAGACAGUUUGGGUUAGGGGCUGGCGGCGGCCCCCCUGCCGGCAGGUGUAGCUCAGGAAGCCGACAACUACCACUAGGCGGCCAAGGCGGGUCCACCCUUUGAUGACGCCGUCCAUGUUAGCCUGCAGUUUGAUGUUUUGUUAUUUCUCUUUCUUUUUUUUUUUUGCAGGUUUGACGUUCUCCCUGAGAUGGCUCCAGCUAGGCGGACCACUACUGCUGAGGGUCGGCAACUGAGCGUUCCAGAUAGAGCGCGGGCACAACAUGUGGUCAUGUCAGAUUCCGACGAUGACUCUGGUGCUCGGGAGGACCCGAAUCUUUGGUGGGACCUUGAUAAUAGCGGGAUAGCGGACCUCCCCCCUCGUAUCCAAGACGAGGACCUUGCCUUUGCAUAUAGUUUGAUUGGCCAUGGGAACAUCCGGCCAUGACUGUUGCACCUUUUUUUUUGUAGCUUGUAGCCGCCA